AUGGUCCCCGUUGUGGUAGUUGCGUCCAUAGGUGUUGUUGCAGUUUUGCUUCUUCUCAUCAUUUACGUUACUAGAAAGAAGAGACCGUUGAAAGCUUUACGGCCAUCCAUUGUGGGAAAAAAGAGAAGCUUGACUUAUGAAGAGGUUAAGGAGAUGACAAAUAACUUUGCAAGAGUUGUUGGAGAAGGAGGGUUUGGGAUCGUGUAUCACGGUUUUUUGAAUCGUAAUGAACAGGUUGCUGCUAAAGUGCUCUCACAUUCCUCAUCUCAAGGCUAUGAGCAAUUCAAGGCUGAGGUGGAACUUCUUAUCAGAGUUCACCAUAUAAAUUUGGUAAGUCUUGUUGGCUACUGUGAUGAUGGAAACCAUUUUGUCCUCAUCUAUGAAUACAUGCCCAAUGAAGACUUAAGAAAACAUCUAUCCGGACAAUGUGCUAGCUCGCUUUUGAGCUGGGAAAGUAGGCUAAGAAUUGCUGCAGAGACUGCACAAGGAUUGGAGUACUUACAUAUUGCCAGCAAACCACCCAUGAUUCAUAGAGAUGUCAAGUCUACAAAUAUACUCCUCGACGAGCUCUUCCAAGCAAAACUUGGUGAUUUUGGUCUUUCAAGAUCUUUCCCAAUAGGAUCUGAAACUCACGUGUCAACAAAUGUUGUUGGAUCACCCGGUUAUCUGGACCCUGAGUAUAACAGAACAAAUUGGUUGACAGAGAAAAGUGAUGUUUAUAGCUUUGGAGUUGUAAUAUUGGAAAUAAUCACAAGCCGAAAUGUGAUUGACCAGACUCGUGAAAACCCUUACAUAGUAGAAUGGGUGGGAUCUAGGCUAGCCAAUGGAGAUAUUGAUAACAUUGUGGAUUCAAGUCUUGUUGGGGAUUAUGACUCUAGUUCUAUGUGGAAAGCUCUUGAACUAGCAAUGUCGUGCGUUAGUCCUACUUCUUCUGGAAGACCAAACAUGUCUCAAGUUGCUAGUGAGUUAAAAGCGUGUCUCUUCUCUGAGAACUCGCGAAAAGGAGGGAGAUCUGAUGUGGAGUCUAAAAGUUCCAAUGAACUGAGCAUGAGCAAUGGUCUUGUAGAGAACCCUCAUGCACGCUAG